ACACCACCCAUUCGCCAAAGAGCAAGGUAGGCAAGGCACGCGAGCCCUAGCCGCCAGCCGACUCGACCAGCGCCCGGAGGCGGAGCACCCGCCGCCGCCGCCCUCGCCAUCGUCGGCUUCACCCCUCAUCGGCAACCUAGUGCAGGUUGUUUUCUGAAGAUGGCUGACGAUUUGGGCCCUCCCACUGUGCUCCAGAAGAUACAUGGGCAGUCCAUGAUGUUCAGCAAGAUCUCACCUUAUUCUUUGAUGAAGAAUCCCGCACUCUACAAUGCCAACACUUCUUACAGUGUGCCUCUGAAGUCAUACAAUGGGAUGGAUGGGAACAAUGGGUUCUCAUCUGUCACAUCUGUAUCCCCAGUCUUUGCUUCUGCCCCAAAGGAGAAAGGUCUUUCUGGGUUUAUGAUUGACUUCAUGAUGGGUGGAGUUUCAGCUGCUGUCUCCAAGACUGCUGCUGCUCCCAUUGAGCGAAUCAAGCUUCUCAUUCAAAACCAGGAUGAAAUGAUCAAGAGUGGUAGGCUCUCUCACCCAUACAAAGGUAUUGCGGACUGCUUUGGCCGCACAAUUAAGGAUGAAGGUGUGAUUGCACUGUGGAGAGGGAACACUGCUAAUGUCAUCCGUUACUUUCCUACCCAGGCCUUGAACUUUGCCUUCAAAGACCAUUUCAAGCGCAUGUUCAACUUUAAGAAGGACAAGGAUGGUUACUGGAAGUGGUUUGCUGGAAACCUGGCUUCUGGAGGAGCUGCUGGUGCUUGCUCUCUCUUCUUUGUGUAUUCUCUGGAUUAUGCUCGUACUCGUCUGGCUAAUGAUGCCAAGGCUGCAAAGAAGGGUGGUGGGAGGCAAUUCAAUGGACUUGUUGAUGUUUACCGCAAGACCCUUGCGUCUGAUGGUAUUGCUGGUCUGUACCGUGGAUUCAACAUCUCCUGUGUUGGUAUCAUUGUCUAUCGUGGGCUGUACUUUGGAAUGUAUGAUUCUCUCAAGCCAGUCGUUCUUGUUGGCAACCUUCAGGAUAACUUCCUUGCCAGCUUCUUACUUGGUUGGGGCAUUACCAUUGGUGCUGGCCUUGCUUCAUACCCAAUCGACACUGUUCGUCGUCGGAUGAUGAUGACAUCUGGUGAGGCUGUCAAGUACAACAGCUCCUUGGAUGCGUUCAAGCAGAUUGUUGCGAAGGAGGGUGCGAAGUCACUCUUCAAGGGCGCUGGUGCUAACAUUCUGCGUGCUGUUGCUGGUGCUGGUGUGCUUGCUGGAUAUGACAAGCUGCAGGUGGUCGUCUUUGGUAAGAAGUACGGUUCUGGUGGUGGCUAAGACUAGAUGAUGAUGAUAAGCAGUGGGGAACUAUGGACAUAUUAGGUGCUUUCGGAUGCUGUUGCGUUUAAAUAAAUUUAACGUAUGGACACCGUUUACAUGUUAUUAGGCGUCAGGUGAGGUUUCUGAGUGUGUAAAUCGGUGGCAGAUGCUUAUGCCUUUUUUGUUGGGGGAUCGAGCAAGACGAGUUUUCCUAGUUGAAAACAUGCCAAAUUAUUGUCUGUGAAAGCGUUUCUUGAGAUUGUUAUUGAUGUGGUUCCUAGUCGAUUAUAUAGAUUAUCACUCCA